UGUUCAUUGUGUCGGCGUUUCGCGGUGAGUGUCGGCGUGCAGGCCUUAAAAUUGGCAAGUUGUUUUCAUUUUUCGGCUAACAAAUGCUGGCAACAUGGUAAAUGUUAUGAAAGGAGUGCUGGUGGAGUGUGAUCCUGCUAUGAAACAAUUCCUUUUGCACUUGGACGAAAAAUUGGCUCUGGGUCGCAAAUUUAUUAUCCAAGAUCUGGACGAGAAUCAUUUGUUUAUCUCGACGGACAUUGUGGAAGUUCUUCAAGCACGAGUUGAUGAUUUAAUGGAUCGGAUAAGCUUCCCGCUUCACGAUAAGGACGCUUAGAAAACAACAAAAACAGUAAACAAUAGACAACCAUGACAGGUCGCGAGUCCCAUCGCAUUAAAGAUGCCGAGAAGAAGCGUGUUCUGGAUGCCACCGCCCGACAAAGGCGGGCCCGCAAGGCUCUG